UGGGAGUGCUGGAGCACGUCGGUCUACUGUAGCGCCAUCUGUUACAGCCUGGAGUCAUUGCUGGCAAGAGGAUAAGUAAUCGUGCAAAGCAGGGCCUCCGGGAAUGGCAGUUAUGGUUGUCGCGGAGGUCAUGCAUGUACGUUUGGAGCUCGCCGAUCGGUUGCUGUGGUUUUUCCUGCCACGUUCGCACAUCCUUUAUGUGCACGGCAAGCGCUGGGAUUGCAAAUGUACUUUGUGUGUGUGUAUGUGUGUGCGCGCGCGUGAAUUGAGGUUCCUGCAUAACGAUCAUAACAACUCCGGGCUGCUUCAGAUCGGGCACAUUGAGAGCAUUGGCUGUAUUCUAGCCCUUCGGCGCACUUUUACGGAGUGAAAUAUGUAAACGUUAGCGGCUGCAUUUGUCACGGAGCAGUUUUUUUUUUUUUCAGUGAAACCUGGUGACCGCUUUCCUGGCUGAUAUAAAAUGAAAGGAAUAUCCCGUGCGACCGACUAUAUAGGCACAGUGCAUGCAGGCGCUCUUUCCGGUCUUUUCAUCCUCGUGUCUUUCGAAAUACUAAACAUAUGCGUGCUUACCGAACGGAAGGAGCUGACGAGCGUUUGUCUUCUGCAACCGAAACGCUGAGCCAUUGGCUGAGCAGACGACCAGGAACACUGCAUGAUCUGUGGUCGGAAGCGUGCAAGCAUAGACGGCGUUAUUGAUGUAUCUUAACAGUUUGUAUUAAUUAUUUUUUGCUAAUUAUAAGAAUUUGAGUUGUGUUUUCAGAGCGUUUUAGUUUAUAAAUGCAGUAAGUUUUGCACAACAUGUUUAAAUUUCGCGCGCUAGGCAGGCCGGUCGAUCGCAGCACCCUACUGGUGGUGUCAUCGCAGAAGCGUCCCAGUUCUCCCAUUGUUUUUCCGUGCGGACGACACACUGUUGCCCCAUUCCAUACAUAGCUUCACGCAGCGUUCGCUUGCCAAGGCUGGGAGCGCGACGUAAUGCUAUCUACUAUAUUUUUCCUUCCUCCAGGUCUAUGCUCCAGGUGAUGUGGUGAUGUCACAAGGUGUACGUUUGCAGCGCGCGCACGAACCUUCUGUUUGAUCUGCGCGCGCAUGCGGAAAAGUUCUGCUUCGUGCUGCUUGCCAUUGCAAUUGUUCGACUUGCAGCGGCUGAAACAAUGCCACAGCGGCUGCGGCUGCUGCGGCGCCCAUGUAGCGCUGUGGGGUGCCAGAGCGAACAGAGCAAGAAGAGCUCCGUAUCGUUCUUCAGGUUCCCCAAGGAUCCCGUCAAGCGUAAGGCUUGGGAGAUGAAUAUGGGCAGGAAGGACUGGCACGCAUCUGACGCUUCUCUUUUGUGCUCGGAACACUUCAUGCCAGACAGCUACAAUGAAGAUUUGCGCCUGCUCGCCGAGUUCAGGAUACCUGUGAAAAAGCUGAGGCUGCGGCCAGACGCGGUGCCGACCGUGUUCGCGCACCGACCCAUUCUGCAAGCCAAGCACCGUUUCGCUUUCGAAAAACGUCGAAGGAAAGAGGUCAUUGAUGCUCUCUUGAGAGAAAGUGGUGGGAAUGAAGAGCUUGACAUGCAGAAGGAGCAUUCCCCACUGGGAGCAGAAGCGGCCGUGGAAGCUGAUCCAUGUUGUUUAGGUGGCACACAUGACUCCUUGACCUCAACUGCCUCGUGUAGCACAGAUGCAGGUAUACAGAACAACUGUGGGAGGCAUUCUGAAUAUGUUAAAGUGUUUCUGCAACCAGUGCAACAACAUGUACGGAUUCAAACUGCUACAAAGACUUCAGUGGCUGAACCAACUUCACUGCGGCACCCAUGUUGCGCUGUGGGGUGCCAGAGCGAAAAGAGCAAGGAGAGCUCCGUAUCGUUCUUCAGGUUCCCCAAGGAGCCCAUCAAGCGUAAGGCUUGGGAGAUGAAUGUGGGCAGGAAGGACUGGCGUGCAUGUGACGCUUCUGUUUUGUGCUCGGAACAUUUCACGCCAGACAGCUACAGUGACGAUUUACGCCUGCUCUCCGAGUUCAGGAUACCUGUGAAAAGGCUGAGGCUGCGGCCAGAUGCAGUGCCGACCGUGUUCGCACACCGACCCUUCCUGCAAGCCAAGGGCCAUGGCGCUUUGGAAAAACAUCGAAGGAAAGAGGUCAUUGAUGAUCUCUUGAGAGAAAGCGCUGGGAAUGAAGAGCUUGACAUGCAGAAGGAGCAUUUCCCACUGGGCGCAACAACGGCCGUGAAAGCUGAUCCAUGUUGUUUAGGUGGCACAAAUGACUCCUUGACCUCAACUGCCUCGUGUAGUAGAGAUGCCGGUAUACAGAACGACCGUGGGAGGCAUUCUGAAUAUGUACAAGUGUUUCUGCGACCAGUGCAACGACAUGUACGGAUUCAAACCACUACAAAGACUGCAAAUUCAGGUUCACAAACUGAUGCUGUUUCACCAGAUUCAAGUGAUUCUGAACUUGAAGUAGGAGCUGAAGACAUUGGCACUACCUUAGUGUGGCACUCUGCUCCUCGUAAAAGCCGGCAGUAAAGUGGUGAACACGGCAGUAAAGUGGUGAACAGUUCAUCGUUUCUCAUGAUUUGGACUCUUCACAUGGGCUGCUGCGUGCAUGGUUGUCUGCUGGGAGCUUUAAAUGUGACUGACGAGUCCCCUGGCUCACAGGAUGAAUCAAAAUAUGUUGUUUUUUAGAGUAGAUUAUUGCAGCUAUCCUCAAGAUGCAAGCAUCACAACUCGGCACGGCACAUCACUCGAAGUCGUAGCUCUCUGCCCCAACCAGCACGAAUUUGUUUGGCACAUUCAACCCCAAAUUGGACCAUUUGCGGCUGGGAAUGUGCUUCUUGCAGCAGAAAUUCUUUUCUGGCCUGAACCCAGCGAAGUCUUUGCGGAUGCUGUCAUCGGUAAAGGUGGCUACCAUGUCAAAGAGGACUUUCUUCUGUCAUCAGCAGAACCUGUUGAUUCCGUCUGUGCAGAAAGUGUUAAGAGUCAUGUGUGCCAUCCUGUCUGCUUUCCACCGUUAUAUUAUAAAUGUCACGGGUAGAAAAAUUGGUUUAUUUCACUGACUGUAAAGUGCAGUACAGGUUAUUAUUGCAUCGCAGUGGACAUGAACACAAAUUUAAACUGCCUGAGUUGCAAAGACCCAUUACCUCCAGUAACUUCCCUCUGCCACUGAUGCUGCUAAAGCUGCUGGUAGUGACACUGUCUGGAAGAAUUAGCUGUGGCUACUGUAUUAAAGUGCUGUUUCUAAACAUUGUUUCUUCAUACUUAUUUCAAAAUUUUUUGGGAGUUUGGGUCAGCAGCUGUGGGAAGUGAAACGAUUAUAGCUGGUGAUGGCCGUUCAGACUAGCCGGGGUUUUCUCCAAAGUUUGGCACAUACUCUGUGUUGUGUGUGAACCAAAACAAGGGUCAUUCACCUCGAGCUGGUGCAGGUAACUGCAUCCUUUUCCUUGUGUACCCAAAUGCACCUGCAUUGGAUCUCACCUGGCUUGUUUUUUUUUUAUAACUUUCAGUUGAAUGAAGUCGGUGGCAGUAACAACACGGAACUGGAACACCUUAAACGAGGCCCGAGAUACCUGAAAAGUCAAGGAAUUACAAUUGCCACACUAAUAACUGACAGGCAUAGACCAACCAGGAAGUGCCUUGCCAGCAGCCCUAGAGAUAUAGACCACAGAUUUGAUGUAUGGCAUAUUGCAAAAGGUAAUCACUGAUAGAUGGAUAUCUGCAUAUGGUGCUCCUGUAUGUGUUUUUGAAGAGGCUGUGUCAUGCAAAUGUAUAAAAAUAAGUUAUUUCAUUAGUGGCACUCUUGCAGCUUCGUUGUGUUCUCCAAAUGUCAAGGCAUCAAGGAGAAACUUCUAACGGCUACAAAGCACUUCAAGGACAUCAAUGUUAUUGCUUUUUGAAUAAAAUUAGUCAUUAGUCACCUGUACUGCUGCGCUUCAACAAGCAAUGAAGCUAGGAAUCUGAUUGUAGCAAAGUGGCUCUCCAUUUUGAACCACAUUUCUGAUGUGCACAGUGGACAUUCAUCCCCGUUUCUUAGCUUGGAGCAUGGCAGUCUGGAACGACGCAAGUAGAUAAAACAAGGUAAACACUGUAGGGCCUGUCUAAUGACACUUGAAACAAGUACAGCAGACUUCUCUUAAAUGCUUCUCGUUGAGGUACGUAAAGUUCACAACAUUAGCAGUUGCUGGUACUUAACGGGAGCAUGGGAACAGUGACUGGAUUGCCUAGCUGCACACUUUAGUAGUGGCAACAUGCACUAAGUGUUUGCACACAUUAAAUAUCUGUUGAGACACAUUUUUAGCAGUUCUGUGCACAGAGUACAAAGCAAGCUAGCUCUUUUGGUGAAUGCAUGUGCUACUGACAAAGAACUGCAUAAGUGCUGGAAGCUCCCCUGUAGCAUUGAUGAUUACAAGGAACGCUGUUUUGUGCAGUCAGAUUAACUAUAUCAGGGGUAUGUUGCAGAUUUUGUCUGCACAUGGCAUGUAGUGUGCACUUCUAGUAAAGCAUGCACUGUUGCAGUUCGGCCACUGCUCAUGUGUGCAGUAUACAUUCUGGUACAUGUGCAUGUACUUAAAGUACUUGUGAUACUUCACGAUAGGAUUUUGUACUUUCUGUCAUGUCUCAUUACAAAUGUCAGUAAUAAACUUUUGCAAUAAGGCUCUA